UCCAUCGAUACCAUCCUUCCUUUCUUCCUCAGCUCCUUCAACAUUCUCCAUUUCUCCCUCGAUGCACCAAACACUCUCCUUCUGCAACUUCACAUGGCGGGUCAAUAUUCUCUCAGACCCAAUUCCUCUUCUCAAUCUCUUUCUCCCUCUCACACCCUUGCUUCUCGCCUGCUUCUCCUCUUAACUCUUCUUCCCUUCACUCUUGCUUGCUUUGCUUUCCUUCUCCAAUGGCGGGGCGGUCUCAACGACCCCGUUUCUCGCUGGUCACCCGACCAGCAUCAGUUCCCCGGUAUGUCCACUACGGCUCCUUCUCUUCCUUCUCAUUCUUCCAAUUCGGAUUGUGUUGAUCUUCUAGGUCGGACUCAUUCCCCUGCAUUUUCUUAUUACCGGGAUUGGAAGUUCGACUACGCUACGGAUCUGAAGCCCAAGAUUUGCAUUACAACUAGCACUUCUGCUGGUUUAGAGCAGACUUUACCCUGGAUCUUCUAUCACAAAGUCAUUGGAGUUUCGAACUUUUUCCUGUUCGUGGAAGGGAAGGCUGCCUCCCCAAAUGUGUCGAAAGUCUUAGAAACCAUUCCGGGAGUGAAAGUUAUAUACAGAACAAAAGAGCUAGAAGAGCAGCAAGCAAAGAGUCGGAUUUGGAACGAGACAUGGUUGUCAAGCUUCUUCUACAAACCAUGUAAUUAUGAAUUGUUCGUGAAGCAGUCACUAAAUAUGGAAAUGGCUAUUGUCAUGGCUAGGAAUGCUGGCAUGGAUUGGAUCAUCCAUCUGGAUACUGAUGAACUGAUGCACCCUGCGGGCACGAGGGAGUACUCAUUGAGACUAUUGCUUGCCGAUGUGCCUGCAAAUGUUGAUAUGGUUAUUUUUCCGAAUUAUGAGAGCAGUGUUGAGCGCGAUGACGUAAAAGAACCCUUCAGCGAGGUAUCAAUGUUUAAAAAGAAUUAUGACCAUCUCCCAAAAGAUGUAUACUUUGGUAAUUAUAAAGAUGCUACCCGUGGCAAUCCAAACUAUUUCUUGACAUAUGGAAAUGGAAAAUCAGCUGCUCGGAUUCGAGACCAUCUUCGUCCAAAUGGGGCACAUCGAUGGCACAAUUACAUGAAGACUCCCAAUGAGGUCAAGUUGGACGAAGCUGCUGUUCUACAUUACACAUACCCUAAAUUUACUGAUUUGACUUCAAGACGUGAUCGAUGUGGCUGCAAACCAACAAAAGAUGAUGUUAAAAGAUGCUUUAUGUUAGAAUUUGAUAGAGCUGUGAGUUCGACUACCCUCAGUGUUUUUUCUCUUUCUACUGCUUUUUCAGUUAAGUUUAAGCCAAUGCAACUGUUACUUGUGCUCCAUCUACUAUUUUUGUUGUUUCUUUUAAGACUCAAUGAUUCUAUAUGUAGCUAACUCUAAUUUUGUAUUUAUAGGCUUUUAUAAAAGAAAGAUUUGUAUAUAUAUUUCAGAAGUUUUUUCAGUAGUGAUUAAGUUAUUUUUAAGCGGAAGAAAUUCCACAAAGGUGGGAGAUUUAGCCUUGACAAACCAUCCUAAUUACCUUGACACUCUAAUUACUUGUUUUGCUCUUGGACACACAAAGACUGUGCUCUUACCAAUCUCAAAGGAGUGUAUUACUUGUUUUGCUUCUACUUGGUAUCUAAUCUCAGAAGGUAUUUUUAAUUAAAAUUUGGUGCAAAUUUCGCCAAUUGGUAAUCCUUUUUAUAAUCCUCUGGGCUGAUGGGGAUACCUCAUCUCCUUUUUGUACUAUCCUUUUUCUUCAUAAUUUUUUUUUUUUCCCUAUCCAAACAAGAAAAAUGGAAAAAAGAAAAAAGAAAAAAGAUUAUAUUGUACCAAAUAGGUUGAAAGAGAAGGUUGGUUGUCUAGCUUGGAUCAAAAUAAUUAUUGUUUAGCUUUAGCCUCCUCUUUUAGUCCAUUAUAGAGUAACUUUCCCUUGGAUGCUUACCUUUCCCUCUAACACAAGUUUUUUUUGGGGAAUAUAAUCUCCUAGUACAAGUUAAUAAGGGAAGAUUUACUGGAGAAGCCACCAAAAAAGUAUUUGCACAAGCACCUCUUAUCCUAUAUAUGCGAGAGGAGAGGUGAAUAUUAUCAUGGGAGGUCAUUGGACCGAGCCACUCUUCCACCUCGUGGUUUGUCAGGAUUGUGUGAUUAUCAAGAACCCAAGACUUGACUUCUCAUUCCAGCAGCUGGAGAUUGAAGUUGGUACGCAAUUAGUAACGUGAGUCUUAGUGAAUUGCUGAACUUAGUGAAGUAUCAUUUGCCUGUUUAAAGUAGAAAACCAACCAUAAGCCUGUAAAGAGUAGAAGAGCAUCCAUAAUUAUCUCUUUAUGCUACAGAGUUUAUUUUCUUCCAAAGGAAUCUUCAAAUCCAUUUAAGAUGGAGAGUAGUUUCUCUUCGUGAUUACUCCAAAAACAAGACUACCAAAUUCCAAUGGAAAGCCACCUUGUUACAAGCAACUAGAUAACCUAAAAUUACAUAAGGAGAGGACAGCCUAGCCCCAACCAAGAUCACAGAAACUUUAGCUAUUGAAGUAGGGAUAUAAUUUAGACCAAGCUAGGCCAGCAAAAAUUACAUUGUAAAGAAAGACUUGGUCACAGUUUUUAAUUGUGAUAGUGAAAAAAGUACUCAUGUUUCAGAUCCGGAAGUGGAGUUUUUGUGAAAAGUUCUCCCGAGGAAUAUGAACUUGAUGACUGUAGCAAAAGGACUAAAGUUACAAGAAUGAUUAGGAAUCUGCCUGGAAAUUAUGAUGUUUGAAGAAAC